UGUAUGUAUAUGUGUGCUAGAGAGUCAGUGUAAAUAAAUCGGUACGAAGAUGUGUAUAACAUCGCGUAUGUGUGUGUGUUCUGACAGUGGUGCUAUGCCUAUUUGACGGUCAUUCGAGUGUGCAUGUGUACAAUACAAAUUUACAAAGAAGAAGUAGCAGAAGCAGCAGCAGCAGCCUUUGGACUAUUUAUUAUUGUUAUUGAUGUUCGCCAUUUUUAAGUGAAAAUACAGUUUUUGGUGCAUUGAUUUGACAAAAGUGUAAGACGGAACACGCUAAAAAAAGUUUCCCCCGACCAUAAAGUGCAAAAAUCGACGGGCAUUGUGUGCAAGAAUUCGCUACCAAGAUUAUGAGCCACGACCGUGAUGCUAUGGGUGAACAGCCAAUUUUCACAUGUCACGCUCAUGUUUUUCACAUCGAUCCGAAGACGAAACGAACAUGGAUCACAGCAAGUACAAAGGCCGUAGCGGUGAGCUUUUUCUACGAUUCGUCACGGAAUUUGUACCGUAUCAUCAGCGUGGAGGGCUCCAAAGCGGUCAUAAAUUCCACAAUAACGCCAAAUAUGUCAUUUACUCAGACGUCACAGAAAUUUGGUCAAUGGAGUGAUGUACGUGCCAAUACAGUAUAUGGUUUGGGCUUCUCAUCCGAGGCCGAACUCACGAAAUUCGUGGAGAAAUUUCAAGAGGUUAAAGAGGCUACAAAGAAUGCCAUCCAAAAAGGUGGCACAACAAAUGGUAGUUCGGCUGCAACACCUGUUACUUCGGCCAACACCUCACCAGUCUCCGGUCGAACAGGUGGUUUGCAACAGCAGCAGCAACAACAGCAACAACAGCAACAACAACAGCAGCAGCAGCAACAACAACAGCAAGCACACCAGACUGACGAAGGGAAUAGUGUAGAACAUAUUGCGGUAGCAACAGCCAAUAUUCAGAUUAAGAAUACUAAUCCAGAUAGUCCAAUGCACACCAAAAUUACGACAAAUGCUCCGAACAUCGAAAUGUUGAAACAGAAUUCAUCGUCGCUGAACAAUUCAUCGACGGAAUCAGCUCCACACAGUGAACAACAGCUGAAAUACGAAAACGAACGGCUUAAAUUAGCGCUCGCUCAAAGUUGUGCCAAUGCAAAGAAAUGGGAAAUUGAAUUGACCACGCUGAAAAGCAACAAUAAUCGAUUAACAAGCGCUUUACAAGAGUCGACCGCCAAUGUUGACGAAUGGAAGCGACAGUUGCACACGUACAAAGAGGAAAAUUUGCGCCUAAAACGUGAAAUGGAUGCUAUGAAACCGUCGUCGGCGGGCGGCGGCAGUGGUGGCAAUGCCAACGAAAUCAACGAAGACAUGCGAAUCGAAAAUAUUAAGCUCAAAAGUCGAAUCAUCACAUUGGAAAAGGAAAUCCAAGAGCUUCAGUUAAAGGCAUCUAAAUCAAAUGUGAAAGAUAAAAGCAAUGAACAAAGUUUUAAGCGGCUAAUAGAUAUAAAUGAUAAAUUUUCCAAGACCCUGGUCGAUAUGUGCAAUGUGCAACAAGAAAUGGAAAAAAUCAUUCAAGAUCACAAAAGCACUUGAGAAUUGGAUCUGCUUUGCCAUAACGAAGGUGAACAGAGACCACAACCGCAAAAAUUUAAUUAUGGACAUGGCAACAGAGCAGCAGUACACUUGAAACCAAGAGGCAUACAGCAACAGCAGGAAUUUGAUGAUGAUUCAAUCAUAUUGCAACACAAUUUUCCCAAUAGCAACAACAACUUUGACGGUACUAACAACAGCAGCAGCAAUAGCAACAGCACAAAUAUCUAUAGUACUAACAAUAGCCGAAGAUUGAUGAUAAGUGCAGCUUGUGAUGGCGAAAGUGCUUCAACUUCAAAAACAGCCACAAUUUUGGUAUCGAAAUCGAAAUCCAAAAUCGGUCUUCCGCUUGUAAUGAAAUAAUUCCAUUUUACGUUCUUUCUUCUUUACGUUCUGUCUCUGUUUUUAUUUUGUCUAUUAUUAUGAUGUUUUUAGUUUUAUCAAAGUGACGAAAAAAAGAAGAAAAAAAAAAUUUGAUAUUCAAUGAAAUAUUGUGUAAAGUUUGUACUGACAACCGAAAUUUGUAAACGAAUUUUAGAGCUGGCUUUAUCAUUUCUGAAGCAAUAGACGCUACAAAAUGCAUUUGACGAACUAUUCAAUUGUUUUUGGAUGCAAACCAAAAUUUGAACACCGAUGGCGAUAAAUUAAAAGCGCCCGGUAAAUUUUUAACACAAUAUUUAAAAAAAAUUACCAACAAACGCAAGCUACUGCUGUUUAGUUGAUGUUUAAAGAAAAUGGCAAAUAAAUUUAAAAAAAAAACAAACAAA